GACAAGUCAAUUUAAUUUCCCUGACCGGAAAAUCCAAAGCACGGUCGUGGUCUCGGAUUCAGAAAAAGAAAAGAGAGAGAAGAUGAGUUCAAGAUCUGACCUUACAAUCAUGCGUGUUUGCUUCAUAAUCUUCUUGCUUGGAGUUCUUGUUGAGCUAUGUGAUGGAGGGAUUACCAGUGGAUAUGUUAGAAGCAGGGGCGGACGCAGGCUGGAUCCGCCCCUGGGACUACUUAGAGGAAGUGAUUUACCUGACGACAUGCCAUUAGACAGCGAUGUCUUUUUACCUGACGACAGGCCAUUACACAGCGAUGUCUUUUUACCUGAUAAAAAAAAAAAAGACAGCUAUGUCUUUGUACCAGACGACAUGCCAUUAGACAGCGAUGUCUUUAAAGUUCCCCCCGGUCCUAACACUCCCCAACAGGUUCAUAUAACGCAAGGUAACCAUGAAGGCAAUGGAGUGAUUAUUUCAUGGGUGACUCCUUCUGCUCCCGGUUCUAACACAGUUCGCUAUUGGUCUGAGAAUGGAAAAUCGAAGAAGCUAGCAGAAGCAACCAUGAACACCUACCGUUUCUUCAAUUAUACAUCUGGUUACAUCCACCACUGCCUCAUUGAUGAUUUGGAAUUUGAUAUGAAAUACUACUAUGAAAUUGGGAGUAGGAAGUGGCAGAGGCGAUUCUGGUUCUUUACUCCGCCUAAACCUGGUCCUGACGUACCUUACACCUUUGGCUUAAUUGGGGAUCUAGGACAAACAUAUGAUUCAAAUCGAACGUUAAGCCAUUAUGAGAUGAAUCCGGGAAAAGGACAGGCUGUUUUGUUCCUAGGAGACUUGUCUUAUGCGGAUCUUUACCCUUUGCACGACAACAACAGAUGGGAUACUUGGGGAAGAUUUGUUGAGAGAAGUGUUGCUUAUCAACCUUGGAUAUGGACUGCAGGAAACCACGAAAUCGACUAUGCUCCUGAAAUUGGUGAAACAGAACCAUUCAAGCCUUUUACGAAUCGGUAUCAUACGCCGUACAAGGCAUCGGGAAGUAUCUCUCCAUUGUGGUAUUCCAUCAAGAGGGCUUCAGCUUAUAUUAUUGUUAUGUCUUGUUACUCAUCUUACGGGGUAUACACUCCUCAGUACAAAUGGCUACGAAAGGAGUUCCAAAGAGUAAACCGAAAAGAGACUCCAUGGCUGAUAGUCUUAGUACAUUGCCCCUUUUACCAUAGCUAUGAGCGUCAUUACAUGGAAGGUGAAACAAUGAGGGUCAUGUACGAGCCGUGGUUCGUCAAGUCCAAGGUCGAUGUCGUGUUUGCAGGCCAUGUUCAUGCCUAUGAGAGAUCGGAACGUGUUUCUAACAUUGCCUACAACAUUGUCAAUGGAUUGUGUGAGCCAAUAUCGGAUGAGUCGGCUCCGGUGUACAUAACCAUCGGGGACGGAGGAAACGCAGAAGGCUUGCUUACUGACAUGAUGCAGCCACAGCCGAGCUUCUCUGCCUUCCGAGAACCUAGCUUUGGGCACGGGUUGCUGGAUAUCAAAAACAGGACUCAUGCCUACUUCAGCUGGAAUCGGAACGAUGAUGGGUCUUCCGAGGAAGCGGAUUCUGUGUGGUUGCUUAAUCGGUUUUGGGGAGCUCCAAAGAAUAUUUCCCUGGGUUUUGGUUGCCUCCCGAACACAAAUUGAUCUAUGCUAAACGAUGGAACCAAAUGUGAGAGUUUAUCAGGUUCUUUGACGUUUUCGUUUCGCAAGGUUGUCCUUUUAUAAACAAAUCACUAAGAAAGUAAGAAGAUGAUAUCUACAAGAUAGUAAGUGCUAUAAUAAAGAUAAGAUAGUAAAAGUGUAAUAAAAAGUCAAGCAAUGAUGAUAAAUAAAACUCGUUUGAAAUUA